CCCCAACGGUCUCUCGCAUUCCUGGGGCGAACAGCUCGCUCACUAUUAGAGUUCACUGGCUAGAAAUAAAAGCGCCUUGAGGACGCAAUUACCCCAGAAGACAUACUCCAAGACCUAUUAUCGUUAUACGCCUCUGUCCGACUAGAAUGACCACUCGCAAGAUUCUUAUGUUGCACGGGUAUGCCCAAAGCGCGACGAUCUUCAGCAAACGCCUGGGUGCUCUGCGCAAAGCAUGUGGCAAAGACGUUGAUCUCGUCUUCGUCGAUGCUCCAUACGUACUGACGCCUGUCGACAUGGCGUUCCUGAACACCCUGUCGAAUUCAUCCUCUCUCGAAGACCUCGGUGCGCCGGAGGCUGCCGCUGAGCAGGACCCUGCGCUCGCCCCGCGCGGCUGGUGGAAAGCACAGGCGGAUCGCGACCAGACCGCCGGGCUGGAAGAGUCGCUGGCCGUCCUGCGCGAUGUGCUAGCGAAAGACCAUUACGACGGUGUGUUUGGGUUCAGUCAAGGCGCAGCCAUGGCUGCUAUCCUUGCGGCAUUGCUAGAGAAGCCAGCAGUCCAUCCUCCGUUCCUCAUAGACGGCCAACCCCCACACCUGCCAUUGCAAUUCUGUGUCUCCGUCGCAGGGUUCCGCCCGCGCAGCCCGCUGGUCGAUACCAUACUCCUACCGUCAUAUUCUACGCGCACCCUGCACGUCCUAGGCAAGACAGACGUCAUUGUGGUCGAAGAGCGAUCGAAGCCUCUGCUAGAGUUGUCGAGCAACAAGCGCGUCGAGUGGCAUGACGGGGGUCAUUUCGUUCCCUCUAAAGCACCCUGGCGCAACUUCAUCCGUGGCUUCCUCCGGGAUCCGUCGAUGAGCGAACCAGCACCUGGGGCCGCCGCGCAAACUCCUUCGGAGCCCGCUCACCCGACUGCUUCCGAGGGCAAUAACGCCGACGGGCCAUGAGAUGUACUGGGUUCCUUGUCCUUCUACAUGGAAGGCCUAUAGGGUAGCGGGGACGUACUGGGACAUAGAUCUCGCGCACGAGUCUCUCCCUGUAUUUAGACUAAACCGCUAGCUUAUCAUGAUAGAAGGGUAGGGUCUUAUAUCCGACUGGUACAA